UCGCGAGAUUCAGCCCAGCUGUCGUUCAGGGCAGGGCCGCGGAACUCUCGCGAGAUUUUCCGCGCUCUAGUGUUGUGGUGGUGAAGAUGGCGGCAGGCGCGGAGGCCCCGGACUCCUGGUAUCUCGCUCUGCUCGGUUUCGCCGAACAUUUCCGAACCUCCAGCCCUCCCAAAAUCCGCUUGUGUGUGCACUGCCUGCAGGCCGUCUUCCAGUUCAAGCCCCCGCAGAGAGUGGAGGCCCGCACGCACCUGCAGCUCGGCUCGGUGCUCUACCACCACACGAAGAACAGCGAGCUGGCCCGCACGCACCUCGAGAAAGCGUGGUUUAUCUCGCAGCAGGUGGCACAGUUUGAGGAUGUGAAGUUUGAGGCGGCGAGUCUGCUGUCAGAGCUGUACUGCCAGCAGAACUUGGUUGAUUCGGCGAAACCGCUGCUGCGGAAGGCCAUCCAGAUCUCACAGCAGACUCCCUACUGGCACUGCAGACUACUGUUCCAGCUGGCGGUGCGACACACACACACACCUCACACACACACACACUCACACUCACUCGCACACUCACACCACUCGCACACUCACACUAUCGUGGAAACCUGGCAGGGAAACCCCAUCCAGAAGGAGUCGCUGCGUGUGUUCUUCCUGGUGCUGCAGGUGACGCAUUACCUGGACGCCGGACAGGUGAAGAGCGUGAAGCCGUGUCUGAAGCAGCUGCAGCAGUGCAUCCAGACCAUCUCCACGCUCCACGACGAUGAGAUCCUGCCCAGUAACUCGGCCGAUCUCUUCCACUGGCUGCCCAAAGAGCACAUGUGUGUCCUCGUCUACCUGGUGACGGUCAUGCACUCGAUGCAGGCUGGGUAUCUGGAGAAAGCCCAGAAAUACACAGAUAAAGCCCUCAUGCAGCUGGAGAAGCUGAAGAUGCUGGACUGCAGCCCCAUCCUGUCCUCGUUUCAAGUCAUUCUGCUGGAGCACAUCAUCAUGUGUCGUCUGGUGACGGGACACAAGGCCACGGCGCUGCAGGAGAUCUCUCAGGUGUGUCAGCUCUGUCAGCAGUCUCCACGGCUCUUCUCCAAUCACGCGGCUCAGCUCCACACGCUGCUGGGUUUGUACUGUAUCUCUGUUAACUGUAUGGAUAACGCUGAGGCCCAGUUCACUACAGCGCUGCGGCUCACCUCCCAUCAGGAGCUGUGGGCGUUCAUCGUCACUAACCUGGCGAGUGUGUACAUCAGAGAGGGAAACAGACAUCAGGAGCUCUACAAUCUAUUAGAGCGGAUAAACCCAGACCACAACUUCCCCGUCAGUUCUCACUGUCUGCGCGCCGCUGCCUUCUACAUUCGAGGCCUUCUGUCCUUCUUCCAGGGACGCUACAAUGAAGCCAAGCGUUUCCUGCGCGAGACACUGAAGAUGUCGAAUGCGGAGGAUCUGAAUCGUCUGACUGCCUGCUCUCUGGUGCUGCUGGGACACAUAUUCUUCGUGCUGGGGAACCACAGAGAGAGCAACAACAUGGUGGUUCCUGCGAUGCAGCUGGCCAGUAAGAUCCCAGACAUGUCUGUGCAGCUCUGGUCAUCGGCUCUGCUCAAGGAUCUUAACGAGGCUUGCGGGAACACCAUGGAAGCGCAUGAGGCAGCACAGAUGCACCAGAACUUCUCCCAGCAGCUCCUGCAGGAUCACAUCGCCGCCUGCAGCCUUCCAGAACACAACCUCAUCAGUUGGACUGAAGGCCCUCCUCCUGUGCAGAUUCAAGCUCAGAAUGGACCCACCACCAGCCUGGCCACUCUCUCACACACACACACACACACUCUCUCACACACCGGACGAGGGCCUUUCACCUGCAGAUUUCGCUCUUGUAUUGUUCAGAUUUUAACUUGAGUUGUUCACGGUUUACGUCUUCGGUUGUGUGUGGUUCGGUGUUCAGAGCGAGGACAGACAGGGUGUUUGUGUU